AACCAAUCAACGGACAGAGACAGCUACAACAACAACAAAAACAAUAACAACAACAACAACAGCAAACAGAAUAAAAACAGAAGCCGCAUAGCUAAAACGCCAAACAGUCCAGCAAACUCGGCCGCGGCAGCGACGACGCCUCCAUAAUAAUAUUAUCAUUAACAGCAACAGCAACAACAGCCACAAAGAGCAGCAGCAGCAACGACGUGAACUGAGUGGGCGUCGGCUGGCGUUGGCAAGGACAGCGGCAAGAGCGACACGAACGUGAACGUGGACGUUGGCGUUGACGUCUCCGUCUCUGCCUCCGUCCCUGCCGUUGUCGCACGGUGCGCGCCACAUUGGCGAAUCAAUUUCCGUUGCGGUGGCCGUUUCAGUUUUGGUUUCAACGUCGCUAGCGCCACGCGUGUCGCGAAUCCCUAAUGGCGCACCUUCUCGCCGUCGGUGGCUGUCCAGCGAAUUAACGCAGGCUCAUGAGAUUGAGACAAAGACCGACCCAGUACCAACACCGAGACGAAGAGUGAGACCGAAAUCAAGGCCAAGUUCAAAAAGUUAAGCAAAGCCAAAUACAGCCGCAACGGCUAAAAGUGAGAGAAAAAUAUUAAAAGUCGUGACCAUAAACCAAAAAGAGAGUGUACAAAUUUGAGCAGACGAACGUGUCCGUGCCCAAGUGAAAGUCAAGCCAAAUGCAAGCCAUGCAGGGCUUGGAGCUUGGCCUGCUGCCCGCAUUGCCCACCGCAGCGGCAGCAACAACGAUGCGGCACAGAACCAGCGUCACAAGGAUACGCAAAAGACUAUGCCGUUGCAGCCGGCGGCCAGAGGCUGAGCCAGAGCAAGAGCAAGAGCAAGAGACAGCGGUGCAAGCACGUUCAAUACGUCGCUCCAACACAACGACUUCAAAUAAUAAUCCCAGCCUCAAUUUGACGCUGAUCAGCGCCACCGCCGCCCUGACAGCGGCGGCUGUCUUGCACACAACGAAUGCUGUGACUGCAACAGUUGGCGUUGUCGACGCCGUUGCACUGCCACUGCAAGGCACUGCCAUGCCCAUGCCCGCCCUAACACACGAACUAAACGCCACGCUGCUAAGCAGCACGGCAGCCGCGCUCCUAAAUGACAGCAGAUCCCAGCUUGACGCUGGAGUUGCGCCGGCCGGCGGCGUCGAGCAUUGGUUCGACGAUGCGUUCUGGGUGCUUAAGGCAUUUGUCAUGCUGUUCAUCAUCAUAGCGGCCAUUUGUGGCAAUCUGCUUGUUAUUAUUUCUGUGAUGCGUGUUAGAAAAUUAAGAGUUAUAACGAAUUACUUUGUAGUUUCCUUAGCCAUGGCUGAUAUAAUGGUCGCUAUUAUGGCCAUGACAUUUAACUUUAGUGUGCAAGUAACUGGGCGCUGGAACUUUAGCCCCUUCUUGUGCGAUCUGUGGAACAGUUUGGAUGUGUACUUUUCAACGGCAAGCAUUUUGCAUUUAUGCUGCAUAUCUGUGGAUAGAUACUAUGCAAUUGUAAAGCCUCUCAAGUAUCCGAUUAGCAUGACGAAACGCGUGGUUGGCAUUAUGCUGUUGAACACAUGGAUAUCGCCGGCAUUGCUCUCAUUUCUACCCAUUUUCAUUGGCUGGUAUACGACAGAGCAGCAUAAGAUAUUUGUGAAGGAGAAUCCCGAGCAGUGCUCGUUUGUGGUAAACAAGUUCUAUGCCAUCAUUUCGAGCUCGAUUUCCUUCUGGAUACCGUGCACCAUUAUGAUUUUCACUUAUCUGGCCAUUUUUCGUGAGGCCAACCGCCAGGAGAAACAAUUGAUGAUGCGCCACGGCAAUGCAAUGCUCAUGCAUCGUCCAUCGAUGCAGCCAUCAGGCGAGGCGCUGAGUGGCUCGGGCUCAUCGAAAACAUUGACACUGCAUGAGGUCGAGCAGGAGCAUACCCCGACAAAGGACAAACAUUUAAUCAAAAUGAAGCGGGAGCAUAAGGCCGCACGCACUUUGGGCAUCAUCAUGGGCACCUUCAUACUCUGUUGGCUUCCAUUCUUCCUAUGGUAUACGCUCUCCAUGACCUGCGGACCAUGUCAGGUGCCAGAAAUUGUUGUCUCGAUACUCUUCUGGAUUGGCUACUUCAAUUCCACGCUCAAUCCACUGAUCUAUGCAUACUUCAACAGAGAUUUCCGAGAGGCCUUCCGCAAUACAUUGUUGUGCCUGUUCUGCAACUGGUGGAAGGAUCGCCAUAUGCCACUCGAUAUUGACAUACGACGCUCAAGUCUGCGCUACGAUCAACGUGCCAAGAGCGUCUACUCGGAAAGUUAUCUCAACUCGACUACGCCCUCGCAUCGCCGACAGUCGCAGCUUGUCGACAACUUAUAAUACAGGGACGAGGCGCUGCUGACGCCCAUUGCACAGCAGCAGCAGCGGCUGGCAACGGGCGCCCGUGGCUCCGGAGCUGACUCUAAGGCGGAUCCCGUACCCAAGCACAGUCUAGGCAACCUGUCGGCCGAAGAUGUGCAAGAGAUACAAAUCGAAAUACCCAUGGAAUAUAUCAACAAAUGGAACAAGAAUAACAACGCAGCUGCCGCAACGGCCUCCAGUCACGUGUAAGGGACUGAGAAUAGCUGAUGACAACGGCAACAACAGCAAUCCGGACAUUGGCGAAGUUGCGUCAAUCGAACAAAUGCAAUUACAUUUUCCAUUAAUUUUUAAAAUUAAUAUGCUGGUUGCAUUCAUGUUGUACAUAUUUAAGUCAACAUUACGGCAUUACUCGUGUACAUAGUGCACUCUAUAAACGCGUUGUCUGUUUGUUUUCGUUUUUGUUUUUCUUUCGAAUUUAUUGAGCUUUAUUUUACUGAAACAGAGUGAACAUGAGUAAUUUAUUAUUUAUUAUUAUGUCGUACUUGUUGUGCCGUCGUGUAAAUAGUUAAUUUUUUUUUUUAAUUAUAUAUAAAUAUAUAAAUUUUACAACUAAAUUAAGCUCAGGUUGUAAAGCGUUCAGCGUUAACAGACAUUUCUACGCCCAGCAGAACUAUUCUUAAUGACAUCAUUCAAAGGGCAAUCAAAACAUUAUGUUAAGAGUCUAUUUAAAUAUAGGUAUCAGUACAUAAGGCAACCAAGCAAUAGGAAGAACAAAAAAUAAAUAGAUAUAUAAAUAUAUAUAAAAGUAUAUAUACAAACAAACAAAAAAAUCUAAAAUUUAAACUGUGCCAAUUACCCAAAUAAAAAAUGAUGAACUACUUAUUUAGGCGAUCUGUCGCAUGAAAGAAAUAAAUACCAAAUGAAUAAAAUACUUUAAAAUAAAUAUAUGGCACACAAGAAUGCAAUUAAAUUGACGUAACUAUACCCAAAUAUACAUAUGUGUAAGUAGUACAUAUUACAUCUAUAUAUAGAAUAAAUGUUAUAUAUGAUCGACAAUCGCAUGAAAUAAGAAUGCUCAAAACAUGUAUAGUAAAUAGCGAAAUUUCAUAGUUAAACCAAAUAUAGAAUGCAUAAGUGAGUGGCAGUCAAAAUCAAAACUAAUCUAGUGAACUUCAAAUAAAGCUUAACACAAUAUCUAGUUCAAGUACUAUAUACAAUACAUCGAUAUCGUUAGUUCAUUAAACUCAACGUCAAGUCUAGACGUAAAGUUUUUACAAAGUGUUAAAAGUUAAAUUGAAAAGUGCGUGUAAAAGUGCUGUGUGUAUUCAAUUUUUGGAUAAAUGGAAAUUGCGUUGCAGUUCCUGGAAUUAAGUUGACUGUGUAGCCUGUAAAGGGAAGGCUUGUGCACUGCUUACAAAGUCAGCAACUUGAUUCCAGCAAUUGCGGCCCAAGGACAACGUUGGAAAGUGUCAAAUAACAAAAACAGGACAUCAGAAAAAUUUGAAUGUGAAUGCGAAUAUUCGUUAAAGGUUAACUACAGUUUGUAACGUUCUUAAAAAAAAUGUAUGCUCCUUUGUUAUGGAAAUCAAAAGCAAAUAAAUAACAAUUGGCCAUUGUAUUCCGAAUUUGUGACCACAGGAAACAAUGAGACCCCAAAAGCUUCUUAUUUCAAGAAACGAUAGAACAACAUAAAAUAUAACUUAAACAUGUUGAAUGUUCAUGUUAAUAAGCCACAAGAAUUUUGUUGUCGACUUCGUUACUAGUUUACCGCUAAAGAAAAGCGGAAAACCACAAAAAUGCAAGGCAAAAUAAUUAUAAAGAGCCAAAGCUCUUUAUGUAAUUUAUAACGUUUAUUAAUAGGCAUCAAUGUAAAUGUAUAAUGUAUAAUAGUCACAAUAUGAUUUUCCUUAACAAUAAACGAAUAAAGGCAACAAACUCCAAA